CUGAAUAAUUUACCAAUUCUGUAGGAAAAAGGCAACUAAUAAUAAACCAUGGAAAUAUAGAGAUUUCAAUUAUUUUAGCCCAGAUUUAGUGGGCUAUGUUUGAUUGUUGGGCUUUUGUUUUGUUCCAGCGAGUGAUUGCAUAUCGGCCUAAACACUGUAGGUUCUUCUUCUUCUUUACUAUUUUUGUCUUUCUAUAAUCAUUAGAUCUUGAAAAACCCUAGCCUGAAUCAAUGUGGUUUAGUUUCUCUCGCACAUUAGCACAUACUUCUUCUUUAUCCGUCACUGGAAGUUGUAACUGAAGGAGAGUUUUGAUUAGUGUUAGUUGCAAUUUAUGUCUUAAAUUUCGUUGUCUGAAAACAGAAAAUUGAAUGGCUUGUUCCAAAGUGUUGAAGGAAGAUAGGAUAAGCGAAUUACCUGAUCCUUUGAUAUGUCAGAUACUUACUCAUCUUCCGGCAAAGGAUACUGUUAGGACAAGCGUUUUAUCCAUAAGAUGGACAAAUAUUUGGCUUUGUGUUCCUUCUUUGAAAUUGACCUCCCGAGAUUUCUCUAAUUUCAAUGCCUUUGUGAGUUUUGGUGACAGAUUUUUCCAUUCGGAUAGGUCUUCAUGCAUACACAAGCUGGAGUUAACUAUUAACGAAAAUGAGGAGAAAUCUUAUAUCAUUUCAUGGAUUGAUGCUGCAGUUAAGCGUAAGGUUCAACAUCUAUGUGUUAGGUGUCAUAUAAGGCGUUGUUAUCCUGAGAUGCCAAUAAGCCUUUAUGUGUGUGGGACACUGGUAUCUUUAAAUCUUGUUUGUGUAGCCAUGGAUAAUGUCGAGUUUGUUUCCUUCCCUCGUCUCAAGACUAUGCAUUUACUUUGUGUUUUGCUUUCCAAGGAUGCCGCUUUUGAGAGAUUUAUUUCUUGCUGUCCUGUCUUGGAAGACUUAAGAAUUAACGGAUGUGUGAGUAAGCCUCAACCCUUUAGGGUGCACUCUCGGUCACUGAAAAGGCUCUAUAUUGGAGAUUGUUAUUCUACUCUGGUUGAUUCUGUUCCAGGAGUUGUCAUUGAUGCUCCUCAAUUAUGCUGUUUGAGUAUCCUUGAUAACAAAUCAAAAAGAUUCAAGAUGAUUUAUAACUAUUCCAAGUCAGAAUCGCUGCCUCAAUUUAGUUUUAUGUCACGCCUGUCCGUUACUUUCUCUCCACAAGAUUUGAAAUGGUUGGCAACAUUUCUUGAGAGCUGCCCGAAUCUGAAAUCUCUAGUCGUGGUGCUAUUCGAUUAUUAUCACUACGAGGAGCUACAUUCCGAGGAGAUGAAUAAAAUCAAGUGUUUGCAAUCUUCUCUCGAGUUUGUUGAUUUCAAAUUAUUCUCGGGACAUGUUGCAGAAAUGAAGCUAGUAAGGUGCUUCCUAGAGAAUUGUGCUAUCCUUAAGAAACUCACUCUACAUUUGGAUUCUAAAUCAACAGAAGAUGAAAUUGUGAAGACACUCUUGGAAAUCCCAAGAGCCUCUACCACAUGUGAGGUUGUCAUUGUUAAAGAGUAGAGGCAAACUUGUGAAGUUUGUACUAAGGUACAAUUUGCUGGAAAUCUUACUUUUUGUUAGAAUCAAUGUGGUAGGCAUAGCAGUUUCUUUAUUACUUUGUCUGGUGAUAUUAUGAUAGCCUAAUUCGUUUAUGGCUGUUGAUGGAUAUUCUAUCAAUUCAAAACGUUAAGCAUCUCUUAAUAAACUCAAAUUGAGCCA